UAACUCCAAGAAUCAUUGAAUCCUGAUAGAGAUAUAUAAAUAGCUAGUAGCCAAAGACUUUUGGGUAUGCACAGCAUAGACAUUAAGAUUUUCGCCUCACUUAGAUUACCAAAGUCAUUAGUUUGGCUUUGAACUCAAUCGGAGAGAAAGAGAGGGAAGAUCACAGGAGAAGAUGGUCUGGAAGCAAGGGGAUGGCGGGCUACUGCCUUUGCAAGGUGAUAUUGAUACCAUCAAUGGAGUUCACACUCCAUUAGAUUCAGGGCAAACCCGUUUGCAGGAGCUUGGUUAUAAACAAGAGCUUAAGCGCAAUCUCUCAGUCCUUUCCAACUUUGCAUUUUCGUUUGCUAUAAUAUCGGUGUUAACAGGGAUAACUACCCUUUACAAUACGGGGCUGAAAUUUGGAGGUCCAACUGGUAUGGUAUAUGGUUGGGUAUUUGCUGGUAGUUUGACAAUGUUUGUAGGGUCUUCAAUGGCUGAAAUUUGUUCAGCUUACCCUACCUCUGGUGGUCUUUACUACUGGAGUGCUAAACUUUCUGGCCCUAGUUGGGCUCCAUUUGCUUCUUGGUUGACAGGCUGGUAA